ACUCCCUUCACGUUUUCUCCUCUCUAAACUCACAAGACUAAGAUCCACUUUUUGUUUGUUUGGUAUAUCUACAAAUAUAUCAUCAUCCUAUCAUAUUAUACCUAACCCUAACCCUAACCCUAACCCUAGCUAGCCAAAACUCAUCGUCCUUUAUAUCAUUAUCAUCAUCAUCAUCAUCAUGCCAUGAAAGACCUCUCCUUAUUCCUAGUGAAAAACUCAUUAGGAGGAAAGAUGAGAAAAGGGUUCCGAACCUUCUGCAACGGCGACGACUCCACCUCCACUCUCGACCAGCACAACUCCUCCUCCUCCUCCUCCUACACCCACCUCCCUCCUCUUAUUCCCCACCAUGAUAAUCAUCAUCAUCAUCAAGUCGGAACCCUAGAAGAGAUGAUUCUAAAGCUAGAGCUGGAAGAAGAGAAAGCCAGAAGAUUAUCCAAUGCUACUAACAACAAUUACAACUACAAUGGUCGUAGAAUGUCUUGUACUAACGUUAUAUACAACAACUCAUCAUCAUCGUCGGACAUACUCACGUCAGCCAGAAACGCCGCCAUGAGUCAGUACCCUCGCUUCUCUCUCGACGGCAAGGACGCCAUGUACCGAUCUUCGUUCCGAAACGACAACAACAGUAGUAAGAAUACUGUGGUGGAAGAGCCGGGAAGGAGAUCGGUGUGUUGUGGUGAGCUGAGAAGGCUUCGUGGGAGACUCAGCGGCGGCGGUGGUGGUGGUGGUGGGCUGCUGCUGCCGCCCACGGUGGCGGGGGAGAGCGUGGUGUGGUGUAAGCCCGGAGUUGUGGCCAAGCUUAUGGGGUUGGACGCCAUGCCUGUGCCGGUCAAGAGGCGGAAGCAACAGCAGGAUCAUGAUCAUCAUCAUCGUCGAGUGGAGAUAAUGGACGGUCGUGAUGAGAAGGAGAUGUUGUUUAAGAUGAGAACGUAUAAUAAGAAAACUAGUGGCGGCGGCGGCGGCGGCGGUGGCGGUGGUGGUGGUGGUUACUGUAGUGUGAUGAAACCGGUAAUGGAAGUACAGUCCGGUGGGGGUGGUGGUGGUGGUCGACGCUUUCUUUGAUUAAUAUAUAUUAGAUCAUAAUUAUGUAUAUCUAAUCAAUUAAUUUCUCGUGAAAAAAGAAAUCACAAAAUUAUUAAAUUUAAUUUUGCUUUUAUUCCUAUCAUUAAUAUAUAUGGUAUAUAUAUAUACUGAUUUUUCUUGUUC